UCUUCAUCACCUCCCACCGCCCGCUUCCUCUUCCUUGAACCUCCUGUCUACGUCUUCUCAAUCUCUCUCGCGCAAAAACACGAACGCCUUCAGAGCGAAAAAAAAAAAACCGAAGCCACAACUGUUUCCAGGGGCAAAAUGGCUUCAGAGCAAACCCAUGGGAGCGAUGACAGAGAAGUUCACAGUCCAGCGGAGCUCGCAGGUACCCAGUUCGAGUCUCUCGCCGAUAAAGUAAGGGACGUUGAGAUCUCUGGCGACGAAAAAUCGCUUCGGGGGAGAGAAUCAGAAAUGCCUUCCCUGGAAGAGAUCUCCGAGUACAGAGCGAAGGCGCAGCAGAGAUCUAUUGAGGCCAUCAGGGCAGCCGAAGAACGCUACGGCGCCACCAAGAAAAAAGAGAGCCUCGCGCGCGCGGCAGAGAAAGUGAAGGAGUAUGCUCGGCAGAAGGCGGGGGAGGCUACGGAGGUGGUGGCGACGAAGGCGGAGGCCGCCACUCAUCAUGUUGGGGACAAAGCUGCGGUGGCGAAAGUUGCUGCCGUCGAAACUGCCAAGUCUGCUGCUGGCUACGCAGAGAGAUUAGGAGAUCCACCAGAAGCUCCUCAGGAUCAGCCUUACAUGCCCUCAAAUGCAGAAAUCAUGGCUGCCAUUACUAGUCUCACUGCUUCCUUUAAUGAAUUUAAGGCGUCGAUGCAAAGCUAGAUAUUGGAGCUUGCUACCACAUCCCAUGCGUGGCACACUAAGCUUCACACUCAAUUUACGAAGUUUGAAUCGGUCGUCAUGACAAAUUUUUACAUCCUCCAUAAACGCCUAAGGUAACUAAAUGAGAAUGAUGAAGACGAGGAGCAUAUGGAUGUGAGUGAUGAUGAGGAAGGACCUGCAGAUGGUGAGAUCUAGAGGAGACACAUAGCAUCAGCUGCCUCUCUUAUUUUCCUUUUUGCUCAUAUACUUGUUGGGUCUGUAAUAAUGAUACUGUUUUUAUUUUUGCUUCUACACUGCAUUUUCACCCACCACACUUACAUACAUAUGAUGGUUACUUCCUUUUCGUGGUGGUUAUUUUGAUCUAUCUCAUUUUGACAUGCAUUUUUAAA